AUGGACUUAAAUAACCUUGGCAGGUUGAGAAUGAAACACGAUAAAGAACAAAGCGAAACCGAGAGUAAUGAUGAUGCGUCUUUUCAAGAACUGUUCGAAGAAUUAGAGGAAGAUGUCGAUGAUGAGUUUAUGUCAAAAUAUAGAGAACAAAGGCUACAGCAACUUGCAGAGGACAUAAAGCAGGUUCAAAAAAAUGUUCAGAACGACGGAUAUGGGACUCUUACAACAUUCAAUGAUGAGAAUGCACUGAUGCGCCUCACAUCGCAGACGGAUUUAGUGGUGAUACAUUUUUUUUUAAACACUUUUCAAAAAUGUAAAAUAAUGGAUGAAAGACUGACUGAAUUGGCUCAAAAGCAUCUUAUGACGCGAUUUCUAAGAAUCAGUGUUGAAGACUCUCCUUUCCUCGUGGCUAAACUCAAUAUCAAGGUUCUACCAUGUUUGGUAGCUUACAAGAAUGGCGCUGAAAGAGACCGAAUCGUCGGAUUUUCACGUCUUGGCAACAAUCCCAAUGAUUUCUCUGUUACAUCCCUAGAAACUAUUCUACUGGAGUGCGGUAUUUUGGUAAGAAGGGCUGCUAAGCUAUCCGUCCUGAAUUCAGCGAAAGGCCUCCCAAGAACAUCCGUAUCAGAUGACGAAUGUGAUCUUGACAUUUGA